AUGACUUCUACACCCUAUAUUGAAAUAGACUGGUCUUCCACUUCACAACAUCCUUUUCCUCAACUCGGUGAUCCAACACCACCUGAAAAUGACUCAGAUAAAAUAUUACAUAAUACUGAGCUGCCUACAGUACUCUCUUCUAAGGAUAUUUUUUUCCUUGAUAUUGAUGAUAUUUAUCCUUAUACAUACUCAACUCUUCACCUCGACGAAGAUGAAAUGGAAGAUACCUAUGAUGAUGAAGAUUACUUUGAACAGUUACUACAUAAUGAAAUAAAUGCUGAAAUAGAAGAAGUUAGCUAUGGAGGAAAUAAUAUACCUUCAUUUUCCAACACUCCUUUAACUCCCAUACAGGACAAUAUUCCUUUACCACCUUCGGAUAUUGCGCCUAUCUCAGAAAAUUUACUCAAAGACGGGAAAAAAACUACCCUCUUGGUCUCCCUGGAAAAAUUUCACGUGACUACGCCAAAAUGA